AUGGCACCGAAACGAACACACGAUGGCGAUGCUGCCCCCAAAAGCGAGCCAGCCAAGAAGCGCAAGGGUUUCAGCGUCGGACCUGCAAACCUUCCAGAUGGCACAUAUCGCCGCAAGACCCAGAAGCUCAAAGAGGAUCUGAUCCACAAGGCCAAAGUAAAGAAGGCCUACGCCAAGGUUAAAGCCCAAGAAGAAGCAAAUGCGCCUAAGAAAUCCGUGUACGACACCCCGGAAGAAGAAAUUGGAACUGCCAAGGAUGAAGACAAGACCGAAGACGCAACAACGUUGGAGCUCCACCCAGAUCGCAUAGCCAUGUUGAACGAGCCCGAGCCUACACCGGCACCUGCUUCAAGGCCCGAUCGGCGCCCACGAGGCGACGGCAAACAGAGAGAGCGCCGACAAAGGCCUUCCGCAUUCUCAAAGGAGAUGGAGUAUGCUGAGAAGCAACGGAAAUUUGAAGAGGCACGGAGGAAGGAAGUCGAAGCCAAGAAAAAUGAACGCGAGGCUUUGAUCCGCGCAAAGCGGCCGGAUCAGUUUGGCAAGAGAAGAUUGGGCAGAGAGAGCAACGCAUUGCUGAGCCGGGUGCAACGAAUGGUUGGCCAAAAAUAA